AUGGUCACAACAGUCAUGAAUGAGGACAGUACUUUGCUACUUUUAGCCUACGAACAAAGACGGGAGGCGCAGCCGGGCGGCGAGGCAUGUUCCUUCCCUGGGGGCACGUCCAGCUCUUCGGGCACAUCCUACACAAAACCAGUCAGCACCAAGCCAUCUGCCACCGAGUCUCUUCCCAGCCCAGGCAACCGCCUCAAAGCCAGGCACACAGGGCUCCAGCCCCCAAGGGGCGACCCCCGGGCCCCUCAGGGAAGCGGCGGAGCCCUUCGGCUCCCGCCCGCCGGACGUUUCCCCCUCAGAACCCCCGGGCCCGUCGGACACUUUCCCCUCACAGAACCGCCGGGCCCGUCGGACACUCUCCCCUCAGGACCCCCGGGCCCGUCGGACACUCUCCCCUCAGGACCCCCGGGCCCGUCGGACACUCUCCCCUCAGGACCCCCAGGCCUGUCGGACACUCUCCCCUCAGGACCCCCGGGCCCGUCGGACGUUUCUCCCUCAGAACCCCCGGGCCCGUCGGACACUUUCCCCUCAGAAUCCCGCCGCCCGUCGGACACUUUCCCCUCACAGAACCCCGCCGCCCGCCACACCGGCCGCAGGGCUCAGCGGUCUGUACGACCCGGUCCUCCUCAGGCGCCGCCGCCGCCACUACCACCACAGAAUUCGGUCGCCCAGAGAGAAGAGGAAGGAAGGGAGAAAAUAACAGAGGAGAACGGGCGCCCACCGGGGGUACGGAACGCCGUUUACCUCAGCCGGUGGGUGAAGCGCUGGCGACCAGCACCGCCGCCCGCCACAGGCCCCGCCGAGGCGCCGCUCGCCACUUCCGGGUAG